CUGCACUAUGGGACCCUCCUGGGCAGCAGAGCUUGUGUCCACAUGGCAGCAGCUGCCUGGGCCACUGGGUUUCUCAAUGCUCUGUUGCACACGGCCAAUACAUUUUCACUGCCCCUGUGCAAGGGCAAUGCCCUGGGCCAGUUCUUCUGUGAAAUCCCCCAGAUCCUCAAGCUCUCCUGCUCACACUCCUACCUCAGGGAACUUGGGAUUAUUGUGUUUAGUCUGUUAAUCGGUUUUGGCUGUUUUGUGUUCAUUGUGGUGUCCUAUGUGCAGAUCUUGAGGGCCGUGCUGAGGAUCCCCUCUGAGCAGGGUCGGCACAAAGCCUUUUCCACCUGCCUCCCUCACCUGGCCGUGCUCUCCCUGUUCAUCAGCACUGUCAUGUUUGCCUACCUGAAACCCCCCUCCAUCUCCUCCCCAUCCCUGGACCUGCUGGUGUCAGUUCUGUACUCAGUGGUUCCUCCAGCAGUGAACCCCCUCAUCUACAGCAUGAGGAACCAGGAGCUCAAGGAUGCCUUGAAGUUUUAG